AUGAAUCGUUUACUUCCUGCUGUUGCGUUAGCAUCCUUGGCUGUUGCCAGUCCCGAGCUUAACCUGGCUUAUGAUUAUGUUAUCGUAGGCGGUGGAACAAGUGGACUAGUCAUUGCAAACCGGUUAUCUGAGUUGAAUGUCACUGUGGCCGUGAUUGAAGCAGGUGAUUUGGGCUAUGAAAAUGUCAAUAUAACUAACCCGGCCGGUUAUGGAUUGGCUUUCGGGACCAAUAUCGAUUGGGCAUACCAAUCAGUCAAUCAAAAGUAUGCAGGGAACGCUACACAGACUUUACGCGCCGGGAAAGUCAUUGGGGGUACUAGCACAAUCAACGGGAUGGCAUAUACCCGAGCUGAAGAUGUUCAGAUUGAUGCUUGGGAAGCCCUGGGAAAUGAUGGAUGGAAUUGGGAGAAUCUCUUCCCAUACUAUAAGAAGUCCCAGAGACUUGAACCUCCUACUGCUGCUCAAGCUGAAUCCGGUGCCACCUACGAUCCUUCAGCCAAUGGAGUCGACGGGCCAUUAAAGGUUGGCUGGCUCAACAACUUGGCCAAUGAUGACUUUCACAUAACUUUGAACGAUACCUACGCUUCUCUCGGCGUUUUUGCGAAUGAGGAUGUAAACACCGGUAGAAUGGUUGGUCAUAAUCGCUACCCAGCUACCUACGACAGCACUUUGAACGUUCGCCAUGAUGCCGGACGAGCAUACUAUUAUCCAAUUGCAAACCGCACCAACCUUCAUCUUUACCCAAAUACCAUGGCUCAGCGACUUACUUGGAAAUCUGGUGCCGAUAUCCCAACAACAAAUGGAGUUGAGGUCCUUGCCAACAACUCAAGCAUCCCAUACACCAUUUCUGCAAAUUCAGAAGUUAUUCUUUCAGCUGGAGCUCUAGCGUCCCCUCUACUCCUCGAACUUUCUGGCAUCGGAAACCCUUCCAUCUUAAACAAGUACAACAUCCCGGUCGUGGUUGAUCUACCAACUGUCGGAGAAAAUCUUCAGGAUCAGACGAACAACGGUCUUGCAUACACGGUUUCAGAAGACGCCUCCUUCUCUGGGGUCGGUACCUUGGUCGCUUAUCCUUCAGCAGCCCAAGUCUUUGGUUCUGAGAUCCAAAAUAUCUCCACUCAUGUUCUUGAUUCCCUCCCUUCAUACGCCGCACAAGUCUCGGCUGCUUCUGGUAACAUCACAAAAGCCGCUGACUUGUUAGAAUUCUUCAAAAUUCAAUAUGACCUGAUAUUUUCAUCAACCCACCCUAUUCCCAUGGCUGAGAUCCUUGUCAUGCCAUCCACAACAGGUUUCACGACAGAGUAUUGGGCUCUACUACCAUUUGCAAGAGGAAAUAUACACAUCACUUCUUCGAUACCAGGCACCCCGGCGGCAAUAAAUCCAAAUUAUUACAUGCUUGACUGGGAUAUCACAUCGCAAUUCACUACUGCCAAGUUCAUCCGUUCCAUCUACGCUACCUCUCCAUUGUCCAAUCUAGUUGGCUCAGAAACUAAACCAGGUUUGGAGACAGUAUCAGCAAAUGCUACCGAGGCGGAAUGGUCUGAAUGGAUCAAAGCUGGCUAUCGUUCCAACUUUCACCCAGUAUCAACCGCUGCUAUGAUGCCAAGAGAGGUUGGAGGAGUAGUUGAUUCAAGAUUGAAGGUCUAUGGGACAUCAAAUGUGAGAGUUGUGGAUGCUAGUAUAUUGCCCAUGCAAGUUUGUGGACAUUUGGUCAGUACUUUGUACGCUGUAGCAGAGAGAGCGGCAGAUUUGAUCAAGGAGGAAAUUUAG